CCUGAGGGCCCGGGGCCUCCCGCGCACCUCCGAACACAGCCCUUGGCCCUGCCAGUGGCGACCAGCGGCUCCCUUGGGCCUCGAAGUCCGUCCUUCGGUCCCUCCGCUGGACCUGUCGUGCCUGUUGCACACAACAGGGGGCGCUGUCCAGAGCCCCUCCCUCCCUCGGACCCAGGGGUCCAGACCGCACCCCCGCCCCAGCUCCGGACCCCGCAGGCCAGGCGUCCCCUGCCUUGAACCCGACUCCUGCUGCUGCGUCAGGGAAAAAGCGACAGGUGGCACCUGCCGGUAGGGGCGGGGCACGACCACCUGUCGCUGCUGCUCACCCGUGCGCCGCUCCGGCAGCUGCUGCUGUCAGUCUGCCCGACCCCAUCGCCCCGGGACGCGGAGGAGGAGCGAGCCAGGGAGCCCCACGUCCGCCCCGCCCCAGGAAGGGGGGUCCCAGACGGUCUCAGGCUGGCGGGGCGGAGCCUGUGGUCUCCAGCGCAGACCGUGGGACCCUGCCUGCGCCAGAGCACAGCUGCGCUGAGCCCACCUGUCCAGGUCCCCAUCCCAGCCUCCACCAUGACCCUGGCAGCUUCCUCCCAGCGCUCCCAAAUCAUUCGCUCCAAGUUCCGAUCCGUCCUGCAGCUGCGGAUCCGCCGACGGAAUCAGGACCCGACCUCCGGACCCGCCCUGCCCUCGGCCACCGACCCUCUGCUCUUCAGCCCCGGGGUCCUGCUCCCUGAACCAGAAUUUUGUCCUUGGAGGUCCCCCAAGAAGGCAUCUACCGGCGUCUCCGAAGGCUGCUCUGAGCCCCAGCCUAGGGGCAGCUUGACCUGCGACCAGCACAUGCCCCCAGAGCCCAGACAAGGGGCCAGGGCGGACCCCCAGGCCCAGAGGCCGGCCCUGCGUCCCCCUGGACCACCUCUGUGGGAAGGCACAAGCUCACAGCCGCCACAUCCUAGGAUGAAGCCGGCUCCCCUCCCCCCCUCCCCACCGGGGGUCCCCAACCCCUCGCCCCCUCCACACAAGCUGGAACUUCAGACCCUCAAACUGGAGGAGCUGACGGUCUCAGAGCUCCGGCAGCAGCUGCGCCUGCGGGGCCUCCCGGUGUCCGGGACCAAGUCGAUGCUCCUGGAGCGCAUGCGCGGUGGCGCCCCGCCCCGCGAGCGGCAAAGACGCCGGCGCGAGGACAACCCCGCGGGUGCCCCCUGGCCACGCCUGAGGCCCAAGGCGCUGGGAACCGCCCGGCGGCAGGGCCCGGUGAAGCCAGACCCGGCGUCUCACAGGUCGCCUCUCGCGCGUGCAGCGGACGCCCUGGUGGCGGCCCCGGCCCCGGCUGCGGCUCCGGCCCUGACCCCUUCCUCAGCCCCGGCCUCGGCGGCGCUGACUCUGGAGGAGGAGCUGCAGGAAGCCAUCCGGAGGGCCCAGUUGCUUCCGAACCCGGGCGUCGAGGACAUCCUGGAGGAUCGGGUGCAGCCUGACGACCCGUUGCCCCCCAUCCCCCUGGACUUCCCCGGCUCUUUCGACGUGCUGUCCCCCUCCUCCGACUCCGAAGGCCUCUCCUCCGUCUUCUCGUCCUCGCUCCCGUCCCCCGCCAACUCCCAGUCCCCCUCGCCCAGGGGCCUCACGGACUCCUUGGACUGGCUGGAGGCCCUGAGUGGGGGUCCUCCGCUGGGCUCCGGGCCCCCAGCCCCAAGCAUCUUCGCUGCUGACGUGUCCGACUCCAGUGGCAGCCGGCUGUGGGACCUGCUGGAAGAUCCGUGGUGAUGGAUCCCGGGGCUCCCAGGGACCCAGAGGCCACAGAGAGACCAGCUGAGGGGUGGGCUGAAAGAUGAGAGACCGCCCCGCCCCGCCUGCCCCCCCCCCCGCUCCCACCGCCUCCCCCUGCGGCUGCAUCACUGCGCACGCGCGGGAGGGGGGGUCAUUUGCUGCUGCCCACGGCAAACACGCUUGCUGCUCCCUUUCGAGACGUCCUGGAUGUUUUUGUCCCGGCUCCCAACCCUAGCCGGCUGUCUGUUGUCCGGCGAAGCUGGAUGGUAGGUAGACUUCCUGGCACAAUGGCUGGGGCUCAGCCGGAGCCGGGACUUCCAUCCGGGUUGCCCACAUGGGGGCCCCAGCUCUUGGUCCGUCUUCUGCUUUUCCAGGCACGUUAUGUGGAGCAGCCGGGACUCGAACCACUGCCCAUACGGCUGAACCCGCUGUGCCACCAACCAGCCCCUACUGUGGCCUCUGUGGUACAGGGGGAGCAGUGGUUUGCGUUUCAAGGGCUCUGGGACCCAGAGACUGUCCUAAUAGUGCUUGGCCCUAGGGUGACGAGCCUUGGGGACAGUGGCCCAGGGUGCGAGCUGGGUCAGGGAGCUGGCGGGCAGAGGAAGGGGGUGCUCGCAGGAGAGGCCCUUACAGUCGUGGCAUUGAUAGCCCCGCGAGGGGCAAGUCCUGGGGUCAGCCCAGCAGGACAAAGAAACAUUGUAACGGCAUCAGGUCUGCAGAGGCCUGGGCGAAUCGGAGGGGCCGUGGUGGGGCUGGUAGUGAUGGCUCGGGACCUGGGGCCAGUGACUGCCUGGCUCGGGACCUGGGGCCAGUGGCUGCCGAGGCUUGGUCUCGGUUCCCCCGACCUGUGCCUGUCCAGGGAGGAGGGGCCUGUCCCACGGCUUGACCUGGCCUGGGGCGCAUGCUGGUAGCCAGCAGUCACCACUGUCACUGCCGCUGGGCAAGUCCAGGGCCUCCGCGGCGGGCACGCGGGUGCACCUUGGAGAGCCGAGGGAGCGGGUGUUUAGCCUCGAAGAUAAGGCGCCUGGUCUCGCCCCGCAGCGCCUGGGGUCCAUUCCCAACACCGGCUCCUGACCCCAGACCCUGGGCGGCAGCCGUGAUGCCUCACGGUAGGAGGGUGCCCUGGAGGGAGCUCCUGAUUGCGGGCAUUUGAGGAGUGAAAGGGGGCGGGGUGGGGGGCUCUCCCUCUCUCUGGAAAGUAACUAGCAGGGAAGGGAAGAGUGCUUGUGACCGGAGGCGGGCAUGGGCGGGCCUGGGCGACUUCCUAGCCAGCAGGUAGGAUUUGUGAGGUCACUGGAGGGGCGGAGCUGCCCCAUGUCACGGAGGCGGGUGGACGGGGUCCUGGUCAUGUCACGGAGGUGGGUGGACGGAGGCGGGUGGACGGGGUCCUGGCUGUGUCACGGAGACGGGUGGACGGGGCCCUGGUCGUGUCACGGAGGCAGGUGGACGAGGUCCUGGCCGUGUCACGGAGGCGGGUGGACGGGGUCCUCCCCCUGUGUCCUCAGCCCUGGGGCCCUGAGACGUGCAGGGAGGGAGGAAUUGAAGCAGAGGGGAUUCGAUGGCAGUCCUUGGGGGGGGGGGGGGGUGAGGCCAGUUCACCCAGAAAGAACUGGAAGCCCAGGAGGUCGGAGGGAGCAUUUUUGUGUGUGUGGGACUCCAAGGAUGGGGACUGCGGCAGAGCUGGGGCUGGGGAGGGCAGGUGGGGGUCCCACGGGGUCCUUUAUGUCAGGCUGCAAACUGAGAGGCCCUUCCUGCUGGCCUGCUGCAGUUUCUGACAGCGUCCGUCUCCACGGCAACCUCCCCCCCCCCCCGCAGCCUGGCUGCUCCGGCCACGGCCACUCCUUGUCCCACGUCAGCUGAGACGGUCUCCCCUGUGGCCUCUCUCUCCCCCUCCCUCUCUGUCUCUCCCCCUUCCUCUCUCCCCCUCUCUCCCCCUCCCUCUCUCCC